AUGUUUCGACUACUCACAUAUCUUGUAAGUGUUGCGUUUAUUUUCAUUCAAUUAACCCAUGCUCAACAAGUGGAUCCACAACUAUGCCCGGAUGGACCAACUCCACCAUUUCCUGAUCCCAAGUGGCACCAUAUUCCACCAAGAUUCGAAAUUAUGACUGAACUCGUAGCUGAGAGAAACAUUUUGGAGCUCUCACAGGCUUUUUCAACUUCACGUGAUGCUAUUGCAACAAAUUCGGCUAUAGGUCCAAAUAAUUUCUAUUACAAUUUCGUAACUAACGAAUUUUUUGAAAUCAUCUAUGGUAUUGGAAAUAUCUCCAUGCCAUUUUGUGUUCGACAAACACUUAAUGACCAAUCUCAAACAAGUGUUGUUGUACCAAGAACACUUAUGGUUAAACCAUCAGCUCUUCUCGGUUAUGAUCAACGAAAUAAACCUAAUGCUCAAUGGGGUGUUCGUUUUGAAAAUGAAGGUGAAUUACGUCGAAUUCCAACAAAUAUCUUCCGAUCAUGUUUCUACUUGAAUGAUAUCAGAGCAACAGUACUUGUUUUCUUUCAUGUAUCUGAUCCAACAAAAUUUCUACCUGGCUUUCAACAAAACCAAACUACCAUUUUACAAAUGAAUGUAACAGUUAAAAAUGCAACAACUCAAGAUUCAUUUACAUACAACGUUUUUCGUUACAAUGCAAAUCCAAGCAGACGUGAAGAACGACAAGCAUUAGAAACACCAACCGGCGUCUAUUGUCAAAAUCGUACAUCAACAAUGUCUAUACCAAAAAACCUUCCAGAACGAGUCAGUGCAAAUACUGAAGUAAAUGUACCAUUUGGUAAUCAAAGUGCAAUAUUUAGUGGACAUAAUUUAUAUGACACUGAAUUUCAAUUUACACGUUUUGAUGCUUGGUAUCCUGAUCCACAAGGUUCACCACAAUGGGAACAUUUUACUGAAAUUCAUGAUCAUGGUGUUGGUCUAACUUAUCGAUAUAGCAGUGAAAGACAUCAUUGUCGUGUUAGUAAUAUAAGUGCACAAGGAAAUGAUGCUGUACCUGAUGUUGAUGAUCCAAAUAAUUUCCAUAUGGGUAGUCCACAACAUUUAUUCUUACUCGAUGAUGCUGAAUAUCAAUAUACUGGUGAAAAACAUUGCCGUGAUCGAGUCUGGUGUCAUGUAUGGAUUGCUGAAAAAGUCUUACCAGGUUAUGUACUUCAACAUCGCGAAUGGUAUUGGUCAUCACAUAUUGAAGGUGAACCAGUAGUACACUCAGAACCAGUAAAAUUAGUCUUAAAACAAUACAACAAUGGAGUUCUUAAUACUUCAUUUGAAAUGAAUAUUUUCAACUAUCGUCGUCGUCCCAUGACAAUAUUCGAAAUUGAUUAUACAUUAGCUGAAUGUUAUCGUGCUUUAGGUCCAGCUGAAAAUUAUAAUCUUGCUGUUUUAACAUUCCGAAUCGUCAACGAUAAAAAAUAUCCAGUAUAUGAAAAUUUGAAUUAUUUACGUUUUCAUAUAUGGGAAACAUUGGUAUUUACCAUGUUUGUAAGACCAAUACGUAUUUCACAUCUUAUUGUUGAUCAAGAUACUGGAGCAAGCAAUGAUAUCAUUGUUACAUUUACAUUACUUGAUAGACCACCAAUAACUGGAAAUGUAGCAGAUCCAAUUCAUGAAACAUCAUUAGAUGGACUUAUUAACCGUCUUGAACGAAUUAUGGAAGCCGAUGGUUUAGCAUUCCGUGCUAAAUAUGGUACAAAUACAGUCAAUUUACGUGCACGACCUGGUUCACUCAAUGUCGGUCAUCGAUCAUCAGAAACAAUCACAAAAAGUUCCGGUCCAAAAAUAACCGGACUUUGGAUUGGUUUAAUUAUUGUUGGUUUAUUAAUUGGUGGAGUUGGUGGUUUCAUCCUUUUCGGAAAAUUUGCAAAAAAAUAA